GACGUAUACUCUCGCUGGUGUGCUGAAGAAGUUUUGAAAAUUCAUUUUCUUAAAUCAAAAGGACUCGUUUUGAAUAAGUUACUUUUAUUUAGCGGUGUAAAAUUAUUGUUAACAAUGGAUGAUCAAAUAAGCUCCACGACACCUUCAUAUGGCUUGCAUCAUGAAGAAGGAGAACACCGAGCUGACAAACACGUGAACUCUCUGCUGGAUGAAGUGACUGAUUUCUCGCUUAGAGAGGCAACGGCGGAUGUUUCUGAGGUGGAAGAUAUUUUAGAUCUGGCAGGAGGAGCGAAAGAUGCGCUCGAGAGGCACAGGUCCACACUGCCACGUAACGUUACCGAGGAGCCACUGCUGGACUUUUCAGACCCAGAACCAGAACCACCAUCCACCUCUAAACCAGAACCAGAAGCUGCCAAGCCAGCACUGAUCGGUGCGUUUGGAGAUGCAACAACAAAACCGGCAAAAUCAGAAGAAAAAGAAGAGAAAACAACAGUCACACCAUCUAAAUCGUCGUGUUCAUUGGUGGACCUGCUGUACUGGCGAGAUCUGCAGAGGACGGGGGUGGUGUUUGGAGCCAGUCUGUUCCUGCUGCUGUCCCUCAGCGUCUGCAGUAUUAUCAGCGUUCUCUCCUACGUGGCCCUUGCCCUGCUGUCUGUCACCAUCUCCUUCAGGAUAUACAAAGGCAUUUUACAGGCUGUUCAGAAGUCCGAGGAUGGACACCCCUUCAAGAUGUAUCUGGAUAAGGAUAUCGCGAUCCCUACGGAGACGGUUCAUAAGUACAGUGACACAGUUCUGGUGCACAUCAACACUGUUGUUAAAGAGCUGCGACGACUCUUCCUGGUGGAGGAUCUGGUGGACUCGCUCAAGUUUGCAGUUCUCAUGUGGAUCCUGACUUAUGUUGGUGCCUUGUUCAAUGGUCUCACCCUUCUUAUUUUGGGUCUCAUAGGGGCUUUCAGUUGGCCAGUGGUCUAUGAAAAGCAUCAGGCACAAAUUGACCAUUACUACGGACUGGUGAACAAGCAAAUCAAAGAUGUUGUGGGAAAGGUCCAGGCCAAGAUUCCCGGAGCAAAGCCAAAGACGGAGUGAAGAAAGUUAGAUUGUUAAUUCUGUGCACGAGAAGUGAUGUUGGUACAAGAGAAGACGGACAGAAUCGUGUUUGGUUUGGAAAAAGGCCUUAGACGAUGCAAUGUAAACUUUAUCCCCCCUCCCCCAGUGUUUGAAAUGUUAGCGUAACUGAGAAUGAAUCCUUUUUAAACCUCCUAUGAGUUUCUCUCACAAGCAGAGUCGUCACUGUCUUUCAGAGUAGAGCUAGUUGUCCAUGUUUAAACGCAGCUACGUAACACCAUUACAGAAUGUAGUCCGAGGAACUCCAUGUCAGCGAAGGCAGGAUUCGAUGAGGUUUUUUUCAUUUACUAUUCGGUCAGUGAAGCGUUCACCUUUUUUGAAGGCCAUUUUGAUUCAUUACAGUAUGAAUUGUUUUGGUUAUAAAGUUCCUUCACAAGUCUUUUGAUUUUAGCAAUUUUCUUUUUUUCCUAUUUUGUUUGUACUUGGCGUGAUAGAACACAGUGUUGUUGUGGUGUAACUGUGUUAAAGUUGAUGCAAUUAAAUCGUGUUAGAGGUGAAGAAGCUUCUAGUCUUCUGUAGCAGAAUUUAAGAGCAGUUUUAUUUCACACUUGUCUACAAAGGGAUCUGUUACGGCGUAUUGCACCCAACUAUUCAUUGUUUUUAGCCGUUAAGUGAAGAAAACAAAAAGAAAAAAAAGGUGAACUAGAACGUAUGCUGUCGGCCUAUCACCUUCCUGUCAUGUCAAAAAUCAACAUGUUUGCAGAAUUUGCCGUCUCCAUCGUGGAUCGAAUACCUGAAACGGCUCACGCUCUUAAUAACUUUCAAACAUCAAGCGCUGUUUCUUCAUGCAGGUCAUUUGUAAAAGAUUUCAGUUUUGAUGAAAAUAUGCUGAAGACUGUCUGUGGAAUGCAUUGUGAAAAAUAAACCAAUAAAGUAUCAAAGCUUGUAGACAAA